UUGCAUAUUUUAGUGUAUGCACUGUGCACUACACAUAGAUAUGAUAUAAUUCACAAUAGACCUGCAGCAUUACACACAUAUUGUCCUCCCUUUAUAUUCUAAAUACCCCACCCCCAUCCCCAAUAAUUCAACUUAUUGAGAUUCAUAGUUGAUCAAUGGAUAACUGUAUAAUGGCUGAACAAUGCAAUAAAAACUCUAUUGCAACAUCUUCUUCUUCUGCAGCCAAAUGGUGGCAAGAUGUUCAUGCAAGCUCUAUGUGUUCAUGGACUGGUGGUGCUAAUUAUGCAAGUAAUCCUCCAUGCAAUAACUCACAAAAACCUAAUUCUAAUUCAUGCUCUAAUGGUGAAGAAGAUGUCUCUAUCUCUACUUCUUUUACAACCAAUGCUUCAAACAACUCUGGGCUCAGCAUGGAGUCGUCGAGACGCCUUGUAGAGAAAGCGUCCACCAACGAUCCCUAUGGAGAGGCGGUUUCUGAUAAUCAUCACCUAUGGAACCAAGUGCUACUAGAUGCCGGAACUGCCGGAGAACUGCAAAACAUUCAGACUCGUAUGUUCGAUCAACCGGCCUGUGAUUAUCUGAAGAAGAUAGAUAGUGGAUGGGAGUUUUCAGGCCCAACAAAUAUAAACCAGUUUCAAAAGAUUUAUGAUGGGUUUAAAGAUGGCAUGUACCAAAGCAAGACUCCAUCUACAACAAAUAGUUGGUCCAUUGCACCAUCAGAAGAUGAAAUAAGUCCACAGUUUGAUCAAUACAUCGGUCAAUUCACAACGAUAAAGAAUGAACAUCCAGAUAGUAAUACUCGACAAGAUCAGCUCGAAUUAUUUCGAAGGAGAUUAAGUGGUCAUGCAGUUGAUUAUGAAGGGGGGAUAAAUAUUAAUCAAAUGGUUGUUGGGGAUAAUAAUAAUAAUAAGUAUUAUUACAAUGGUAUGUCAGACAUGGUGUGUAGUAAUGGAAGGGGUUUUGUUGAUUUAGUUACUUUUGGUAGCUGCAUGAACAAACCAUCAUCAGAGAGUAACAUGUCUAAUAGAUCCAUGAUGAAUACCAUGAAUCUUCCGGAUCGAAGGACGCCGGACCUCCUUAACUCUUAUCAGCCACUAAGACCAAGAGGCAACACACUUACUAAAAUCAGUGGGAGGGGAAAUGGAGUUGUUAAUGAAGGGAAGAAAAAGAAAUCAGAAGACCAGUCUGGGCCACUUCUAAAGAAGGCUAAGCUUGAGACUUCUACAGUUUCAUCAACUAAGGUUCAGAUUCCUAAAGCAAAGCUUGGGGAUAAAAUAACAGCCCUUCAGCAAAUUGUGUCACCAUUCGGCAAGACGGAUACAGCUUCGGUAUUGUGGGAAGCAAUUGGUUAUAUCAAGUGUCUACAAGAGCAAGUACAGUUAUUGAGCAAUCCAUAUAUGAAGACCAAUAUCAUCAAGGACUCGUGGGUGCGAUUUGAAACAAAAGAUAGAGGAGAUUUGAAGCUUGACCUCAAGAGUAGAGGUCUGUGUUUGGUUCCUGUGUCAUGUACUCCUCAGGUGUACCAUGAAAACAAUGGAUCAACAGACUACUGGACUCCAACAUAUAGAGGAUGUUUCUAUAGGUAGGAGUCAUAUAUAUCAUUGUAUAAUUUUGGAUAGAUAUGUUCAACUCAAUAACUGGUUUGAUUUCUUGCAACAAUUUUAAGUAUAUCAAACCUCCUUUCCUUUGAUUAAAUAGUAUGAACUUGUAGUUAGUGAAGCUGUGUAAUCCAACUAUAUUGCAAUGAAAAAUAGCAAUAUUAAGAGUUGUUGUAUCA